GCAUCAAAUCUGAGGCGGACAAAUGUGCAUUUAGUCUGAAUUUCAUUUAGUCGCUUAUUAAACAACGAAAACUAUUUAAACACGUCAUAUUAUUUACCUAAAUAUUGUCUACAAUGUUGUAAUAUAUAUUGUCUACAAUGUCGUUAUACAUAAAACUAUAUAUAUUGAUAAAUAUAUAAUGUAAGUAAACACAAAAUUGCGCAUGUGUGCGCUCAGUGGAGUCGCUAAAUUCGGAUCACUAUUUGCGGUGAUUUUAUAGGCACGUAACAUAUCCGUAGUUUAUGAUUAUCAUUGCCCGCCACGAUACUCCAAUGAAGAUUGGCAGGCUUAUUGUGAUAAAGCUAUAUUCUUAAACGACCACUAAGCUAUCAGAUAUUAUGACCGUGACCGACACCACUUAACGUGCUCUCCGAAGCACGGGGGUUUAACACCACCAAAUUCCCAACUCGCGGCUGAGAAUUUGUUCUGAAAACUUCUUAGAAUAAAGAAAAACUCAGUACUUAUCUCAAAUAUUCAAACCAAACUCGCCCCAGGAUUCAAACCAAGGACCUCGUGAUCCCAAACCGCAUAGGCUAACCACUGGACCAAGGAGCCGAAGCUUCAGUACAAAGACUUUUUUAUAUAGGAGAUUAUGAAUGUGUUGAUUGUGAAAAUAAAUGAGUAGGUACAGAAAUCAGACAAUAUCCGUACAUUAUUUAAAAUAAAAUAUAAGGAAAUAUAACUACAACUACAAAAUUAAAAUAAAUUAAAAUGAAAACUAAUACCUAGAAAUAUUUAUCAAAAUUUGCCGCCCUUGGUAGGGUGCUCAUCACGCAGGCAGCAUUCCCGCGCUGAAUUGCGAUUGAAAUUCUUUGCGCGAGAAAGCUGCCCGCCCGGGGGUCGCCUAUUGCCUCUCUGAGGCGUUUGCUGAUCUCCUUGUGGAGAGUCUGAGCGCUCCUGCCCCACGGGCCUAGUGUCUCGACGCCAAACGGGACGAAUUCAUAUUGGGCGCCCAGACAACUGUAUUUUAAAAAUGUUUUAUGUUCAUUUUGUUUUUUUUUAAUUGAUUUCAUAAACUGUUUUAAAAGUAAAUAAGUGCACCCAUAAAUUUACGAUUUGAUACAAGAUGAAAAUAAAAUUAAAAGCAAAAAUUUUCAUUUAAAAUUGCCGCUGUUUUAGUUCUAAAAUAUUCCGUUUGCGAAAAUAGUAGCGCUGCUAUAUCCAACGUUUUCGUGUAUGUACCUUCACUUCACAGAUUAUUAGAUACUACGUACACUUCUUCUCUUUGGAGUUUGUAUCUUUGCACUGGACCAACGAGGCAAACAAACGCCAUUCUUUUUUACAUUUCUAUAAUUUGUAGACUGUAUUUCUAUAAUUUUGGUGGUAUAAAUUGACUUUGAAUUGACGUCUUUGAUGACACAGACGAUACGUCGCGUAGUAUACAAUCUGUGCACAGACGUCAAUAAAUUAAUUGAUCUCAAAUCUGUCAAAACUCAAAAAUUUUAAAUAUUUAACAAAAAUAAAUCAAAAAUCAAAAUAUUAUCCAAGUAAUAUUUCGUUGCAGUGUGUAUAUUAAAAAUGUGUUCUUUUACUGCAGAAUGGUUUAAAUUUACAAUAAUUACCUAGUGAACUCUCAAGUUUUAACGAGACUGACCACACAGCAUCAAAAUGAGCAGCAACUCCCUUUUGUUUUCAAUUAAUAAUGAAGGCAAGGUUUACGCUCUUUCUACUAGUGGCUCUUGUUGGAGAGAAUUUAUGUAUCUUGGUUUAGAGUUCAAAACGUUAUCUGCAGUUCCGCAUUUUCUAUGGGCGGUGGGUGGUGACCGGCAAAUUUAUCUACAUGUUCAUGGAUUAGAGAUACCUAUUCGAGUUAAAGAAGAGUCUUACGAAAACGAAAGAUGGCUUCCAUUGGAGGGUUUUAGCGGGAGACUUCUGCCUACAGAUCGUUACCAUUUUUCUUCUCAGGAUGGGACAAAAGAUAGAUCCAUAGACUGCAUAAGACUACCUUCUAUGGCAUGGCAAUGGGAAGGCGAUUGGCAACUUGAACUUACUUUAGAUGGUCAGCCGUUAGAUCAUGAUGGUUGGACUUAUGCGGUAGAUUUUCCUGCUCAGUUUGGAACAGUCAAACAGUGGAAAUCUUGUGUAAGAAGAAGAAAAUGGAUUCGGUAUAGAAAGUUUAGUGCUAUGAAUUCUUGGUGCGCCAUAGCACCUCUGCAUAAAGAUCCUACUCAAGAACCAUUUAUUGAUGUCAGUAUUGGGGGUAACCAAAUACCCUAUGCUACGCCUGGCACCUUGUCUGUAUGGUCUAUAACAGCCCAUGGCCGGGUCAUGUACAGAGCAGGUGUCAGUACAACAUCUCCAGAAGGACUAAAAUGGAUUAAUGUCAGUAUUCCACCAAAUUGUGACAUUAAACAAAUAUCAGUGGGACCCACUGGCUUAGUUUGGGCUCUUCUGUGGACCGGGAGGGCCAUAGUCAGAAAAGGCAUAAACAAGGAUUGUUUAACAGGUGAAGCUUGGCUGGAAGUGAAGUCACCUGCUGAAACUAAAUUGACAUCUGUAGCUGUAGGCUUCAAUGCAGUUUGGGCUGUCAGUUCUGAUUCUAGAGUGUGGUUCAGAAAAGGUAUUGAAGGACAUGCAGUAGGACAUUCAGAGACUGCUGCAAUGGGCAGUGGUUGGUUAGAAAUCAAUGGCAAUAUGUUGCAUAUUUCGGUUGGAAUUAAUGAUCAAGUUUUCGCAAUUGGAGAAUCCAAUAAAGGUGUAUACUGGCGCAGUGGCAUAACACCUGCAGAGCUCACAGGCAAAAGAUGGAGAAUGGUGCAGGCAAAUAUGCAGCUGAGUCGAACAUCAAGCACAGCUAGUAUCAUAUCAUCUACAUCAAAUCCUAAACAUCACAGUCUCAGUUUACUGAAUGAAAAUACUGUAGAACUAAAGACAAAUAUCAAUUUACGCAACUCAUGGGAAGAGUCACACUCUGCACCUAUUGAAAACACUUUGCCUUUGAAGCCAUCAAAAGAAUUGAAACCUAAAAAAAAUGUCAAUAUAGAAAAUAUUGAUUUAACAGGCAAAAGCUAUGAAACCACACUGAAAAAUCCUAGAGCUUGGAGUCCAGUGAGAAGUGUAGGCUCAGUAGUUGGCAUGGAAGCUCAACCAGAUAGUGAUAGUAGUGUGUUUGAUGUAGAUUCAGGAAUGUACUUUGAUGAAGAAGUUAGCCAAGCAGCCUGGGGCACUUGUGAUGCCACCUGGACCUUUAUAGAAGCUGGUGCUUGCGCUAUUGACACUAUUCAAGUUCCCCACUGGUUUUCUGAUUCAAAAAAUGUACAUAAUUCUGACAUAACAGCAAAAUGGAGAUUGGAAAUAUUAGAAAAUUUGAAAAAUGGAAACAAUUUCAAUAUUGACUUAAGUAAUUUUGGCUUGGCUAUAGAAGAAAAGGGUUGGACCCGGAGCUGUGAGGCGAGGCUCGUUGGGGAAAAGAAGUGUGGUGAAGAUUGUAUUUUGUCACUGUAUUGGCAUGCUAUAGAAAAUUCUGGAACUUUGUCUGUAUUUCAACCUGAUGGUACCAUAAAGUUUAUAUUAAAUUUAGAAGAAAUUACAAGCAUAAUUACAUCCUCUGAACCUGGGUGUCCAAGGAUUACUUUAACAAUCCCUAAUCAAAGUGAAAAGUUUAUAAAAAUUCAAUUUAUCUCAGAAAUGGAACAGGAAGAAUGGUUCAGUGUUUUGAUAGACAUAUCAUCACAACUAAAUGGAUUGUCUGGGAAACCAUCAAACAGCUCUAUAUGGAUGGUAACUAAUUCUGGAGAUGUGCUUAAUUUUGAUCCAAUUGUAAUACAAAGCAACAUAGACAAACAAGGUUCAUAUGUAAAAGACUAUAGGGUAUUUGGUAAAGAUAUACUUACAGGUUAUACUAAUACAUUGUACAACAACUUUCCACCUGGAAGUGAACUCAAAGUUGUGGGAUGUUUAGAUGAUGAAAUUAAUAGAUUUCAUAUCAAUCUGCAAGGUCCAGAAGUUCAGAAACAGAGACAUAAAAUUGAAACAGAGGUGUUAGAUAUACCUUUACACUUCAAUGCCAGAUUUGAUGAAUCUACAGUUGUCUGUAACACAAAGAAAGCAGGUCAUUGGGAUUAUGAAGAGCGACACCCGCUACCAUUUCGACCUGGCCAUGAGUUCACAAUAACAAUUACUUGUGCUGAGAAAGAAUUUAUCAUAAAAAUAAAUGACUCACAGUUUUGCACCUAUAAACAUAGAUUAAGCCCAGAAAGUAUUACAUCUGUUUUAGUAUUAGGUCCUCUUAAGCUAUAUACCCUUGAGUAUUUUUCAAGGACUGCCAUUAUUGGCCCCAAUGAAAUGAUUUGGCGAACAAUCGGAGGAUACCUGAAAAAAGUGGAAACUUGCCAAAAUGGAAUUGUUUGGGGAAUAACACAUGAUCAUAGAGCAUGGGUUUACACUGGUGGGUGGGGUGGUGGAAUACUUAAAGGAAUUGGCGGAAACGAAGGUAUUCAUGCAAUGACAGACACACAAACCUACUGUGUAUAUGAAAACCAACGAUGGAAUCCUCUGUCUGGUUACACCUCCACUGGACUUCCUACUGAUCGCUAUAUGUGGAGUGAUGUUACAGGGAAACAUAAAAGAACUAGAGAACAUACUAAAUUGCUUAAUUGUCAUUGGCAUUGGAUAUCAGAAUGGAUGGUUGAUUACAACACUCCAGGUGGAGUUGAUAAUGAAGGAUGGCAGUAUGCAACAGAUUUCCCUGCACCAUACCAUGGAAAAAAAGUUUUUACAGAUUGUGUUCGUCGUAGGAGAUGGUAUCGUAAAGCUCAACUUGUCACAGAGGGGCCAUGGAUACGUGCAGGUAGCACAGCUCUACUAGAUAUAUCAUUAUGGGCACAUGAAAAAACAGCUUCUGUUUGGGCUAUAACCAUGGCUGGUGAAGCUAUAUACAGGACUGGAGUUACAAACACUACCCCAGCGGGUCUUCAUUGGGAACACAUCAACAGCCCCCACAGCUUUGUAUCAAUCAGUAUAUGCAAUGGGGUUAUAUGGGCUGUUGGUCGUAAAGGAGAACUUUUUUACCGAGAAAGUGUUUCUGAAGAAAAUCGAGGAGGUGUUAACUGGAAGUUAAUAGAAACCCCAAAAUGUGCAUUAACCUUUAAUCCCAAGGCAGGCAGUGGGGCCAAAUUAGUAUCACUGACAAACAAUGCUGCUUGGGUUGUGCUUACAAAUGGGGUUAUAGCUGUGAGAACAGAAGUUUCAAUACAACAACAAGAGGGUAGACAUUGGAAAUACUUAACUGAUUGCGAGGUACCAUUCAGGCAUGUGUCAUGUAUGGAUCAUGAAGUGUGGGCAGUGCAGAACGAUGGUACUGUCCACCGAAGACUUGGAGUGACCGAGCACAACGCGGCAGGCAUAUCUUGGCAGCUGAUUCACUGUGGACCCAUAGUUCAUGUCUCCGCUAGAGGAUCCAACGUUUAUUAAUUCUAUAUUUAUCAUUAAAGGCUCAUUUAGUGCUUAUGAUCAUCUAUUGAAUGUAUACGACACGCAUUGUUGUAUUAAGGGGGAUUUAUAUUUGGCUGACGUGACGCCACGUGUCGUGUCAUGACGUGAUGGCAAGUGUUUACAGUAGUGUGUCGUGUUCUGACGCAUCAGGACAUUUUGAAUCAGUACAACCGCAGCUCUUGAAGAGCUCAAACGUCAGCGUCACAAUACAGCACUGCCGCGCGCGCACAUUAAGCCGGAUUUAUAUUUGUCUGACGAGUCGUGUCAUGAUGCGUCAGAACAGAAUCGGUAUCAUACAUUUUGUAUGAUAACGUUUACAAUUAUGUGUUGUGACAUAUCGUGAUGGCUUCCGAUGCGUCGCAUACAAAAUGUAUGUAACCGAUUCUGUUCUGAUGCGUCACAACACGACACGUCAGAUAAAUGUAAAUCCGCCUUUAAUCUGACGUGUCGUGAUGACGUCGUUUUAGCUCCCAACCCUCCGCUCCCUCCGCUCUGACGCGAACCGGGAUCGGGUCUGAUGCGACACAUCAGAAGCCAUCACAUGUCACAACACAUAAGUGUAAACGUUGCCAUACAAAAUGUAUGAUACCGAUUCUGUUCUAAUACGUCACGACACGACACGUCAGACAAAUGUGAUUCCCCCUUUAGGAUACUCUUUACGAAUUUUUUGAUACUCAUUUUUUAAACACAUUCCUUUAUAUUUUAUAUUGUGAUAAUUAAUUUAGUUUUAUUUUAAGAUAUUUUUUUCGAAUCCCAAAGUUAAGACUAAAACAUUUAGCAUAAGCAAAUUUCCAAAAGGAGCCAAAGUAAUUUUUUAUUUAUUACUUAAUUUUAUGAUUAUUAUUAGUUAUAGCUCUACUGUACUUUUACAACAUAUUGCUCUAAUUAUAAGUUAAAAGCCAGUGAACUCUCAAUAAUGUCUAGUCAUAAUCAUUAUUUUUUAAAGUUCCUUUGCAAUGUAUUAAAAUAUCACGUUAACCACGUACGAAUUUUCUUAAUUGAUGUUAGCAUUGGCUUAGAUUCCUAAAAUAAAUUUCUGUACUCUGGA